AUGGAGCGACUGCUGACGAGCGUUCAUGAUUUGCUGGAUCCCGAAACUGCGGACACGCCGCCCCAAGCCGACGCGCCCAAACCCUUCUUCCCGCUGGGCCUCAAGUGCUCGAUUCUGCACAACGUUGCGUGCGGCCUAGCCUACCUCCACGAGCGAUCGCCGCCCGUCAUCCACCGCGACCUGUCGGCACGAAACGUUCUCCUUACCUCGGGGAUGGUAGCCAAGAUAGCGGACCUGGGCGUGGCUCGUAUCAUACCUCGUAUGAGGGCUGCAGCCACCAUGACAAGGGGACCUGGGGCCAUAAUUUACAUGCCUCCAGAGGCCAUGGAAGAAAAGCCUGAUGAUGAAGAUGUAUCGAAAGCAAAGUACGAUGCGAGCAUUGACAUGUUCUCUUUUGGCAUUGUUUCAAUUUUUACGCUCUGCCAAAUCUUCCCCGACAAAUUGCUUGCUCCCAAUUAUCGCAAAGAUGGUCGCUUGAUUGGUCGAACUGAGCUUGAGCGACGAGAGAGGUACAUGAAGAUGAUCUACAGUCAGCUACGUGAGAAGCAUCCUCUCCUCCAGAUGAUCGAGGGAUGUCUAGACUUCCCUGAAGAAUGUCUAAGCAUUCAUGAGGUCCUGCAUCUGUUAGAGGAGGCCAGAGCUGAGGAGAAUGCAGAUCUCCAAUCUAGAGUUGAGCAGCUACAACUGCAGAUACAGUCAAGGAACCAUGUUGGCGUUAUUGCUUAG